AGCGCGCCCACACGGCCCAGAAACCACCCUGCCUAGUAUAUAAGACUCGAAGGCGCGUCCCCCUCUCCUUCAUUCUCCAUCCUCUCCAUCCACUUCAUCCCGCUGCUCUCAAGCUCCACGCUACCCCCCCUCUCGUACUUCUUGGACCUGUUAUCCCAGCCUGUCCACCUCUUGUAACUCCUCAUCUGCCCCCAUCCACGAGACCCCACCUUCACAAUGUCCACCGUCACCCCAUCCAAGGUCGCCGCGUCGGCCCUCGAGAACAUCAACCUCAACACCCCUGUCAAGACCGACGUGAUGGCCAAGCUCAAGGCCGCCGCUGCCGCCGAGGCUGGUGUCAAGGAGCUCGAGGAGACCAAGACCGUCACUGAGGAGAAGCCCACCGAGGCCGAGCUCCGCAAGCGUUUUGUCGGCGACGUCUUCUGCGAGGAGAAGGACGAGCCCCUCCUCAAGGAGUCGACCGACCGCUUCGUCCUAUUCCCCAUCAAGUUCCGUGAGAUCUGGCAGAUGUACAAGAAGGCGCAGGCGUCCUUCUGGACCGCCGAGGAGAUCAACCUCGCGCCCGACCUCCACGACUGGGACAACAAGCUCAACGACAACGAGCGCUACUUCAUCGAGCACGUGCUCGCCUUCUUCGCCGCGUCAGACGGCAUCGUCAACGAGAACCUUGUCGAGCGCUUCUGCGGUGAGGUCCAGAUCGCCGAGGCCAAGACCUUCUACGGCUUCCAGAUCAUGAUGGAGAACAUCCACUCUGAGACCUACUCUCUUCUCAUCGACACCUACAUCCGUGACGGUGCCCGCCGCAACUACCUCUUCAAGGCCAUUGAGACCAUCCCCUGCAUCAAGAAGAAGGCCGACUGGGCGCUGCGCUGGAUCUCGGACGACAGCUCGUCGUUCGCCGAGCGCCUCAUCGCGUUCGCUGCCGUCGAGGGCAUCUUCUUCUCGGGCUCGUUCGCCUCGAUCUUCUGGCUCAAGAAGCGCGGCCUUAUGCCCGGUCUUACCUUCUCGAACGAGCUUAUUUCGCGCGACGAGGGCCUCCACACCGACUUCGCAUGCCUCCUCUUCACCCACCUCCGCCGCCGCCCCCACCCGGACCUUAUUGAGAAGAUCAUCCGCGAGGCCGUCGAGAUCGAGCAGGAGUUCCUCACCGAGGCCCUUCCCGUCUCGCUUAUCGGCAUGAACGCCAAGCUCAUGUGCCAGUACAUCGAGUUCGUCGCCGACCGCCUGCUCGUCGCCCUCGGCAACCCCAAGAUCUGGAACUCGACCAACCCCUUCGACUUCAUGGAGAUGAUCUCGCUCCAGGGCAAGGCCAACUUCUUCGAGUCGCGCGUCUCGGCAUACUCCAAGUCGGGUGUCAACCAGUCGGUCGGGCAGGACUCUGCCACCGCCACCGCCAAGCGCGCCUUCGCCCUUGACGAGGACUUCUAAAAGCGCAGCCCGCGACUGUCCGUACAGCCCCGCCUUGUGGCGUAAUUGUAGCAUCUCCAUAGACUCGUAAGUAGAGCCCCUGUUGUCAUCUAGCAUAUGAAUUCCUUGUCAUG